CGCCCGGCCCCAAAACUGCAUCUCAUUUGCGGGCGCGCGUUUGUUCGUGCCUUCCAUCACGCCAGUCGUAUCGAAUUUGUCGGUGGGAAGAAGGGCCGGGUGAAUCAGAAUACGGUUCAGCUGAGCUGUGGUGGGAGGGUAUGCUAGAGGAAGAAUCAAACAAACACACCAACGGUGGGAGUGAUUUAAGAUGAUAGCGAAACGUAAGCGAAACGGCGCAACCACGCAGCAGUCCUGCUGAUACUAGUAACUCGUCACUGCCCGGAGACGCUCAGUCGUUGGCAGAUCGCGGCUUUGAUCGGAUGUAAGCGCUUAGACCGGGACCCGACAAACCUUAUCUCCCGCGCAAGGAGACGACCCAUUCAAACGGUUCGUGAAUUGUGCGUGUGCCACUGUGUUGUGCUCUAGUAACGGGUGGCUCAAAGCAAACGUGUACGAAAAAGGUGAAUUUUACUAUAAUUAUAAAGAGUGUUAAAAAUCGAUUAAAAAUUUGUACUGCCAGAUGCUUAAGCUACCUGCAACUUCGGUAGAUUGGUGUUGGAAAAACGGGAGGCAUUUCAUUCUAAACAAGUGCUUAAAUAAUGUACCUCCCACAAGGGAACAAAUUGCAGUGAAACUAAUGUGCGAACAGUUUGAAAACAUUUCCCUUACACGUGUUUCUGCCUAUGAAAAAUUGUGUUAGUUUGAACAGAGUGUUAGUUUAAAUGUACGAUGAUCAUGCGUUUAUUGCUUUGAUAAAAAAAACGGAAAUGCGUGUGGAUAAAUAUUUGGUUCGGUGUUGCUGGGUGUGUUACCGGGACAUUUACCAAUGGCAUUGGACGUGAAACUCUGCAAUACUGCUGUGCCAUUAAUUAGUGCACAUUCUCUUAAAGUGCGAGUGUGCCACUAUCGAUCAAUGGCGAUUACUUUGGCAUUUGUGUACUAGCCCGUUUGCGUAUAUACGCGAGCUUCGAAUUCUUGGAGCUCAUUAUCGUGUGUUGCCACGCACAAUCACCGAUGUUGGGAGAUAAAGUGUGUGAUGAAAAAAAAACACGUGUAGCCCAUGUGUAUGUUAUUUCUCCUCAAUAGACGGAAAGCAGUUGUAAACUCAAUAGACGCUGGUGAAGUUAAUAAGUGAUCUAUAACAAAACAAAAAACAAUGUCCAUAAUUUAAGAACUUCUCGUAGAAACUAUUGUUUGGUUGCUUUUUUCAAUCAACCCGUGUAGUUGGUGUUCUUGUUGGAAAUUGAAAGAUUUGCGUGCACGAAAAAUCAUACUGAGGACAACCGUUUAUGGGAUUUAAAUUGACAAAAUUGAUGCUUUUUUAAUGGUGCGAGAUCGUUCGCGGACACCCAGGAAGACGCACAAACGUACUGCUUUUCAAUCGAUUUUAUUAGUUCGCUAAAGAGCAAGAAUUUCCUUAUGGUUAAAUUGAGCUGUGGUUGUGUUCUUUUCUCAACUAUCGGAUAACGUCACGGGUGAGAUACCAGCGAUGGAUGUGAUUAAUAUUCAUUCCGUGCCGUUAAACGACUGUCAAAAAUCUGUUUGACGAUCAAUAUUUGCACGCACGUGUUCAACGAGCAUGGGCGCUUGGGAGAUCUUUGCCGAAAGAGAUAUAUUGCGCCGCGAAAUGGAUUUUGGUUACGCGUGCUGAGGAUGAGGAUGUACCAAGCGUUGAGGAUUUCACUUUAAUUCGUUUUUACAUAUGAAACUUAUUUAUUUGAAAGGUUUUAUAAUACAUUACUUGGUCGUAGUGUUGGAGUUUACAAAACUUCUAAUAUUUUCAAACAAAAUUAUUAAUUUUUGGCUCGUUUCCUUUCCUUCACACAAUCAUUUGAAGUUCUGCAUUGAUAAGCAAAUGAGCUUAACGGCGUGUUAUUAUUUUCAUAAAUGCGAAUCCAUGAAGUAAAAUCAAAUAUUGCUGACGAACAGCAAACAUACUGCUUACUUACCAGUACGUUAAUGGGGCAAUACACUUCCGUUGGAAUAAGUGUAAAACAUAUAGAAGACCAAGCUAUAGCUUCAGGUUAAUAUUUAACAGCUUACCAGGUGUGAAAUGCUGAAUUUGAAACAAUCGUGGACCUUCAUUGGACACUUACAUUCCUCCAGGAAUGCAUCGCACGAGGUUGCUUCCACGAACUUUCCAUGCAAGAGGGCGAAGGGGGCUUAUAAAUAGGAAGAAAAUGACAUCAUUGAGCCCUUGCGAUGAUGGGGAUUAGUACACCGCAUUCCGAUAGAAGAUGCAACAUUAAUCAAAAUAGUAGCGUCUUCCCUAGCGAGCUGCAGGGGACAAACGAUCGAGCCCGAUUCAAUGAAUGCUAAUUGAUUUGCUUCCACUACGACAUGACGCAGCAUCCCGAAUUGACGAGUUGUGAAAACGUUGCAGUCGUAUCCUGCUUAUGGCUCUUAUGUGGUCUCUUCUGUAACGCUAAAGAACCCUCUUAAAGACCAAACCCUACCGUUCAACCCAUGUUAGCUUUGGUCUUACCCUCAACAAAGCAAACACCACUUCAGCCCGUCGGUCGUUUCUUUAAUGUGUGCAACACAAGCAGUACAGAGCGAGCGGAAUCGCGCCAAGAUUACGAUCUUGCUAUUCGUUAAUGCAGUGCAACUUCCACCAAGCUACUGCAUAUCGAUCUAUUUAUUGUUGGACCGCCGCAGGGAAAGGGAAACGGCAUACAACUGCCGGUCGAAAAUGGCGGUACUAACCGCCGUGGUGUGCACUUUUGACGCGUGUUCGCGUGACGAUCGCGAUGGCGCUGAUUGCCUUCGGUACGCUGGAAAGCAUCCUCCUGCCGUGAUGAAGUUCAAGUGCACUUGAUACUUUGACGCCACUGCCCGGGCGUGAAUCGCUCUUAUAUCACAGUCUGAAACGCUCUCUCAACGUACAAAUAAAUACUAGCCCUGCGCCAUCAUGACGCCCAAAGAGUAUCCUCAAGGCAAUGGAUCGCUCCAGACGAUGAAUCUCAAAAAUAGUGCCAGUGCCGACAACAUGUCGGUUGCCAGCCACAAAAGUACCAAGGAUAUUUUGGAUGUGAAAUUUAGCAAAGCACCUACCAAAGAAGUUAUCUCACAAUCCGUCUCGUACUUCAAACUGUUCCGGUUUGCCACGUGGGGCGAAAUCUUUGCAACACUGUUAGGCGUCCUGCUGGCAUCGAUGGCUUCGCUAGGCUUACCGUACGGUGUCAUUCUGUACGGUGAGUUUACCACGCUGCUCGUCGAUCGUACCAUCGGCAUCGGCAAAUCAACCGAUACGGCAAUCCUGUCGAUAUUCGGCGGCGGCAAAGUUCUAGUGAACGCUACCGAACGGGAGAAUGCGGCCGCCAUCAUGGAGGACGCGAAAGCGUUCGGUCUCGGUGUCGUUGCCGUCACGAUACUUCAGUUCAUCUUCGCUACACUCAGCGUCGACAUUAUCAAUCGAUCGGCCCAGAAGCAGAUCAGUCGGAUACGGCAGCUAUUUCUUAAGGCCGUACUGCGCCAAGACAUGACCUGGUACGAUCUCAACAGCGAUGACAGCUUUGCGGUGCGCAUUACUGAUGAUCUGGACAAACUGAAGGAAGGUAUCGGCGAGAAGCUGUCCAUCUUCACGUACCUGGUGAUGUCAUUCGUAAUAUCUGUGAUAUUUUCGUUCUUCUACGGUUGGAAGCUAACGCUCGUGAUUCUCAGCUGUGCACCGAUCAUCAUACUGGCGACGGCUUUCGUUGCCAAGAUGCAAAGUACGCUCACGGAAAAGGAAUUAAAGUCCUACUCUUCGGCCGGUGCAGUAGCUGAAGAAGUACUUGGCAGUAUCCGCACUGUAGUUGCGUUCGGUGGCGAAAAGAAGGAACUCGAUCGAUACCGGGAACGAUUGGCCGGAGCCGAACUGAAUGGGCGCCGCAAGGGUCUAUUCUCCGGCAUCGGGGGAGGCAUCAUGUGGUUCAUCAUCUACUGCUGCUAUGCGCUUGCCUUCUGGUACGGCAUCAGUCUCAUUCUGGAGGAUCGCGAUAAGGACUUGAAAGACUACACCCCGGCGGUACUGAUCAUUGUCCUGUUUGGUGUGCUGGCUGGUGCACAAAAUCUUGGCCUAUCCUCUCCUCACCUGGAAGCGUUCUCGACGGCUAAGGGUUCGGCUGCGACAAUAUUUUCCGUGAUCGACCGCAAACCGGAAAUUGAUUCGCUCGGAGAUGCGGGACUUAGACCAAAAUCAAUGCAAGGAAACAUCAAAUUUACCAACGUGUACUUCCGCUACCCGGCCCGUAAUGAUGUGCAGGUGUUGCAGGGUUUAAAUUUGGAGAUCAAAACUGGACAAACUGUCGCACUAGUUGGUCCGUCCGGUUGUGGCAAAUCGACCUGUCUGCAGCUGAUCCAACGAUUGUACGAUCCAUUGAGUGGGACGGUCACAAUUGAUGGUACGAAAGUGAGCGAGCUGAACAUCGGUUGGCUUCGUUCGUUUAUCGGACUCGUUGGUCAAGAGCCCGUAUUGUUUGCGACAACAAUCGCCGAAAACAUACGGUACGGUAACCCGGACGCUACCCAGAGUGAAAUAGAGUGUGCCGCUAAAAUUGCAAACUGUCACAGCUUUAUCAUGAAGCUGCCGAACGCCUACGGUACGAUGAUCGGUGAACGUGGAGCUCAGUUGUCCGGUGGUCAGAAGCAACGUAUCGCAAUCGCUCGUGCCUUGGUACGCAAUCCAAAAAUUCUGCUUUUAGACGAAGCCACUUCCGCCCUAGAUCCCAACUCCGAAAAGCGCGUACAGGACGCUUUGGAGCGGGCCAGCAAGGGUCGUACAACGCUUGUUGUUUCACACCGUCUGUCAACCAUUACCAAUGCGGACAAGAUCGUGUACAUUGACAAGGGUGUGGUGUUGGAACAGGGUACUCACGAUGAGCUUAUGGCUGCCCGGGGACUGUAUUAUGAGCUGGUGGUGGCUAGUGGUUCCCAGAAAACAGUUGAAGAUGACGAGAACGUUCCAAUGACACCUAGUGUCUAUUCCAUGCGUCAAGAAUCGGUUGAAGAUGGGGUAGAUGGUUCAGAUGAUGAAUCGGACAGUGGAAAAUCGGACGAAAAGAACGAAGAAGAACAGGAAGAGGUGUACCACGUUUCGUUGCUACGGUUGCUCAAGCUUAACUCCCCCGAGUGGCAUUAUAUACUGUUCGGAUGUGCCGCUGCAAUCGUUGUUGGCGCAUCGUUCCCAGCAUUUGCCGUCCUUUUUGGAGAAAUGUAUGGUAUUCUUUCGGUUGCCGAUCCAGCUUUCGUUAAGGAAGAAUCAAACUUCUAUUCCCUGUUGUUCCUGGCACUAGGUCUUAUCACUGGCUUGGGCACAUUCUUCCAGACAUACCUGUUUAACAUUGCUGGCGUGCGUCUCACGUCACGCUUGCGGCAAAAAUCCUUUAAGGCGAUCGUCACCCAGGACAUGGCUUGGUUUGACGAAAGUCGUAACGCUGUCGGUGCUCUCUGUGCCCGUUUGUCGGGUGAUUGUGCUAGUGUACAGGGUGCGACUGGUACUCGCAUUGGAUCACUGUUACAGGCUGCAUCGACCAUUUGCAUCGGGGUGGGUAUUUCAUUCUUCUACUCCUGGAACCUGACACUCGUCUCGAUUGUGGCAAUCCCGGUUACGCUAGCAUCGAUCACACUCGAGUCACGGUACACACAGAUGAGCAGCUUGAAAGAAAAACAAUCGCUCGAAGGUGCUACCAAGCUGGCAGUGGAAGCUAUCUCUAACAUCCGCACGGUGGCUAGCCUUGGUCAGGAGAAGCAUGUUCUGCAUCGCUACAGCCAGGAGACGGUGAAGAUAGAUGAUGCCUGUCGUCGUAAGACACGUCUGCGUGGUACGGUGUUCGCACUGGGUCAGGUGAUGCCAUUUGCAGGCUACGGUUUGGCACUGUUCUACGGUGGUAAACUGGUAUCGGAGAAGGAGCUUGAAUACAAGGACGUUAUCAAAGUCUCAGAAGCGUUGAUCUUCGGUGCCUGGAUGUUGGGACAAGCGUUAGCGUACGCGCCGAAUGUAAAUUCUGCCAUCCUAUCGGCAGGACGUUUGAUGAAACUGCUCGAUCGUACUCCGCGAAUGCAUAAUCCUUCCAGCUCGUACCAUUCCCUUUCACAGCGUACGGAAGGUGACAUCAAGUUUACGGAUGUAGAGUUCCGGUAUCCAACACGUCCAACUGUUCCCGUACUGCAGGGAUUGAAUUUGGACAUUGGCAAAGGUCAAACAGUUGCAUUGGUUGGUCCGUCCGGGUGUGGUAAGUCUACCUGCAUUCAGUUGCUGCUACGAUACUACGAUCCGGACAGUGGCAAGGUGGAUAUUGACGGUACCACCACAACAGAGUUCUCGCUCAACCGUAUACGAGCCCAGAUGGGUCUGGUAUCACAAGAACCCAUCCUGUUCGAUCGUACCAUUGCGGAAAACAUCGCCUACGGAGACAACACACGGGAUAUUGCAAUGGCGGAAAUUAUUGAAGCAGCCAAGAUGGCUAACAUUCACGAGUUCAUCGUAAACUUGCCGAAGGGGUACGAUACCAGCCUGGGCAGUAAGGGCGCCCAACUAUCCGGUGGCCAAAAACAACGCAUUGCAAUUGCCCGAGCACUCGUGCGCAAUCCUCGAGUCUUACUGCUGGACGAAGCGACAUCCGCACUGGACAACCAAAGCGAAAAGAUCGUCCAGAAUGCGCUCGAUCAUGCACGUACCGGGCGUACUUGUAUUAUCAUUGCCCACCGAUUAACCACGAUCCAGAACGCGAACCUGAUCUGUGUCAUCCAGAACGGUGUUGUGGUGGAAGCGGGAACGCACGACGAGCUGAUGGCUAAGAACCGUAUCUAUGCGAAGCUGUACCAAAUGCAGCAGGUGGCGUAAAUGUUCCACUUACUGGAAAUGAGGUGAUGUCGUUCCUACUAUAUACACCGUACUUUGACUGCCUUCCGACGUUGUUGGGCAAUGACGAAUGUCAGCUUCAAUGCAACAGUAUUUAUGCUCUCGCUAGCAGCACAAAGAUACAAUUACACUUAGUGGAGUGGAGUCUAAGGACAGGACAGGAAAUGCUUGUGUUACGUUACUUGUUUCGCAUUCGUUUGGUUUAGUGUCAGUGUCGAUAUGGUGGUGUGCUGUUGGAUGCUUCAGCAGCUUAGGAAAGUUAAGUAACUAGCAAAGCAACAACUUAAUGUACAAGACAAAAUCAAAGACUUAACAAUCGUAGAGUCGGGUGCCGCAAUCGGGUCGAACGAGAUGUAUGUUUCAGUACAGCUUUACGGGACCUUUACCCCGGCGCCUUCAGCUGAAUCGAGUAUUGAACUGUGAUGCGCCCACCGUUCUUUCGCAGCCAUAGCAAGCGCCUUACACCGUGAAACACGCGUGACAUGUGGGUGUGUGUGUGAUGGGUUUCUCGCGGGAAACAACUUACGUGAUAAUCGAAGCGCCUCCGUAGGACGUAGUAACUCUUAGUGAUAACGAGAAUUAGGCUAGCGAGCGAAAACAAUAAAAAAAACCCAGGAAACUCGGACUUGAUAGAGAGGGUUUGAUUGCACAAACUCUCGAAAUUCUAUCGAGAAGCGAGUUUCUGCACGCUGCUAAUGAAUGAAUUGCCCGCUAGCACCUUGAUUGCAGCUUGUUGUGCAAUUUGUGCCACUAUAGUGUAGAAGAAGAUAAGCGAAGUGAAUAAGCGAACACAAUAAAUGCCUAGGCAGCUAUCAAGCGUUCCAUUUUAUCGCUCGGCCCUAUUCAUAGGCACCUAGUUAGCAACCGUUAGUAAACAAAUCUCAGUCCUAACAAGAAAUUCGCGUAAUGCGCAAACUUAAACAUGUACAUAGUACGCUCAGAUCGAUCGAUCACGGUAUGGUGGGUGGGGGUGAUGGUUAGACAAAACAAAAAAACACAAUCAAUGAUGGCAAUUAUGUAUCUCUCGCGUGUGAUGGACAGGAUGGUGCAAACAUUUUGUAGCUUUGAUAAGAGAUCAGAUUCGAUAAGAUCGAAACAUGGCCGAUUGAUUGAUUGAUUGAAUUGCACUUACAGAAAGCAAUAGUGAUAAGAGCGCAUCCAGUCCAGGUGUUGAAGGUUCUUCACAUUUGCUACAAACCCCGUUUGGCUCAUAAUUACUCGCUCAAUCUCUUUAUGCAGGAUUAACUAUUGAUCUGUUCACAGUAAUUCUAUAUACUAUGUAAUAUAAACCAAAUAAAUUAUAUUUAUCUUAAA